UGACUGUCAGCUGGUUUGCGUCACGUGAGCAUAGCGUUGCGGAAAAAAGGAAAGAUGGCAGGCUCAAGGAGCUCGAGUAGAGUGCCAGUAAUGGCUGUUAUUGGCCUUUUCUUCGCCCUUUUCGCCACACGGAGCUCUGCUGCUCAAGUGCCACUUCUAAUGUGGUCCAGUGACGGUUUACCACCACUGGCAUCACCUGCAGCUGGUCACAUCACGUCCAAUGAACAGCUGAGUGCCUACCUCACCUCUGCCUUUGGCUCUGGCCCCCACACUGUGCUGCUGUUCCUGCAGGACAAGUUAAGCAAAGAUGACUUCACAGUCUUUGGCGGAGUGUUUGGAAACAAGCAGGACAGUGCCUUUCAAAACCUUGAGGCUGCAAUGCAGUCUUCUUCCUCGUCAGUGACGCUCCCUGCUUUGGAGUGGUCGGACUCCUCUGCCAUCCUGGCUCUGCUGCAAGAGAAGCUCGCUGUCUCGCCUCUGCUCGUCGACGCCGACACUCUGUCACAUCUCAGCGUCAACACGUCUGCCAGCAAUCUGCUGCUCAUCAAUCUUCCCUAUUGUACUGGCUUGGACAAGUCUUGCAAGAAAGUCCUACAUGACAAUGAUGAAAUUAUUGGGAAAGUUCUGAGCAUCAUGAAAGACAAAAAUGUCCCAUACACUGCGAUAUACACAGGACUCCAGCCAUCACGAGUGAUAUCAGAGACAUCUUUUUCUAGCCAGCCUGCGGGGCGCUCCCUGCUCCAAGCGGUAGUUCCCGAUGUCAAAGCGCCCAUCAUGUUUAAUGGAACCGGCAGUGGCCCUUGCAUAAUGCUUUGGGCUCAGAAUCUCAGCGUCAGCCUGUCAAGCACUUCAGAGUGGACAGACCUUGCUGCACAAACACCUUCCCUGACAGGAUCCCUGUGCAACAACAGCAACUCACUGCUUGUCCUCAGCUAUGAAAACUUUACACUAAGGUUUGCCAUGAGUCAGCGGUUCUUUCCUGUGUCUGGACGGAACUGGUUCACCCUGGACACUGUGCAGCUGGAGGCAAGCGGCCUAACCGCGUCUUUCAUUGGGAGCCGCAACAUCUACGCCCCCGCAGAGUAUUCUUUCCACUGCCAGUCCGUCACUAGCUUCCGAGAUACUCUGCUAGUGCCAAACAACACAAACCAGAACACCACGCAGUGGAGGCUCAAUUUUGUCGACUUCCAGAUUCAGGGCUUCGGUUUGUCCAACGGAACAGAUUUCUCCUAUGCCAGUGACUGUGCAGGCUUCUUCACCCCAGGGAUUUGGAUGGGACUGGUGACCUCUCUGCUCAUGCUGUUAAUUUUCGUGUACGGCCUGCACAUGAUCAUGCAGCUGAACACCAUGGAUCGAUUCGACGACCCCAAAGGUCCAUCGAUUUCAGUGCCUCAGACGGAUUGAAGCGCUUUAUGACACACACACACACACACACACACACACACACACACACACACACACACACACACACACACACACACACACACACUCCUCAGUCCUUCAGUGCCUGCUAGGAGAGUCCCUCCCUGUCUUGUAGCUUGUGUGCGUUUGGGCCUUUUUCUUUGAAGAUAUUUGUCAGAUAGACUUUCCCUCUGAUAACCUCUCCUGUAGAUUUCUCUCCUAAAUCCUUCCACAACUGUCUGUGGGAUACUGUUGUCUUGCAAGGCGCAUUCCAUUUCAUCUCUCCCCAUUUGCAAGUGCCAAAGUGGAUGCACCUUUUUAUACGAGUUGGUUUUGAGUGCAUGUGCUAAGAGAUGUUUUUGUGCCACUGUUGGCCAUACACAGUGGCUAUUUUCAGUGAAAUAAUUAGCAAUAAUUUCUCGUAACCAGAGAAUGUCUUGUCUGUGCCAACAUGAAUGUGAUUGCUGGAUGCUGUAGGACCGUUUCAGACCUCAGUUCUUACUUCAUUUUUUUUUUCUCAACUCAACUGUAAUUUAAUGACUACUGCUUAAUGCAAGAUGUGCCUGUGUAUAAAUAAUAGAUGGCUGUCUGUGACUGUUUUGGAAUUGCCUUACAAAAAUAUGCCAAUACUUAAAAUGGGAUUAGUUCUGUUCUCACUCUUACAGACUAUCCAACUCAAGUGCCACCACUUAAAUCCUAUAUUUUCUUGACGAGUUAUUUAUUCAUAUAAAAAAAACACUGCUCACCCUUAAAGUUUACUACUUGCUUCAGGUGCAUUCAUUUAAUAACAGUGCCUCAGUUCUGCUUUUUAAUGUGCAAUUGCCAUGACAUGUAAUGUACAUUGUCUUGUAAUUGAAAAUAAAGAUGUCUAUAAAUUAUGAUUUAAAAA